AGUAUUUUCUUAAGCGGCAAAUCUCUUCCUACCUACUCUGCGAACCUCUUCUCAAUCCUCACCUCAGUGGCUGCUCCGGCGAAUCGGCCAUGGAAGGCGGCGGGAGCAAGACAUGGCGAUUCGCGUGCCCGAACCCGGCCGUGGCGGCCGCCGGCGAGAAGAGCAUCCAGCGGUACCUCCUCCAGCUGCACGCGUGCCUGGACGAGCGCGGCCCGCGGCCCGUGAUCCCGCUGAGCCACGGCGACCCAUCCUCCUCCCCCUCCUUCCGCACCGCUCCCGAGGCGGUGGAAGCGGUCGUCGCGGCCGUACGAUCCGGCGAGUACAACGGGUACUCGUCACCCACCGUGGCCCUCCCCGCUCGCCGAGCUGUUGCCGAGUAUCUAUCUCGUGAUCUCCCUUACAAGCUUUCCCAUGAUGAUAUUUUCCUCACUUGUGGUGGUACCCAAGCAAUCGAGACUGUGAUGUCUGUUUUUGGUCAACCCGGUGUCAAUAUAUUGCUUCCGAGGCCUGGCUACCCAAAACACGAAGCACAUGCAGUGUUUCAUAGGAUGGAAAUACGGCAUUAUGAUCUUCUUCCAGAGAAAGGAUGGGAGAUUGAUUUGGAAGCUGUGGAAGCUCUUGCAGAUGAGAAUACUGUUGCAAUUAUGAUUACUAAUCCCAAUAACCCUUGUGGUAGUGUGUACACGCACGGACAUUUGGCCAAGAUUGCAGAUAUAGCAAGCAAGCUUGGUAUUUUAGUCAUUUCUGAUGAAGUGUACGGUCACCUUGUCUACGGUAGCACAGCUUUUGUACCAAUGGGUGUUUUUGGAGAGACUGUUCCUGUAAUAACUUUAGGAGCUAUAUCAAAAAGAUGGGCUGUACCUGGCUGGAGGCUUGGUUGGAUAGCAACUUGUGACCCCAAAGGCAUUCUGAGAGAAACCAAGGUUGUUGAUUCCCUCAGAAGUUUCAUAAAUCUAAUAUCAGAUCCUGCAACAUUUCUUCAGGGAGCAAUUCCUCAUAUCAUGAAGAACACAAAUGAUGAUUUCUUCAGCAACAUUGUCAGGCUGUUGAAGGAGACUGCAGAGAUAUGUUAUGAUGGAAUAGAUGAAAUCAAGUGUAUUACUUGUCCCUACAAACCAGAGGGGUCAUUUUUUAUGAUGGUAAAACUGGAUGUCUCACAAUUGCCCGACAUUUCUGACGACGUAGACUUCUGCAGCAAGUUGGUGAAGGAGGAAUCAGUCGUAGUGUUGCCUGGGAAAGCCUUGGGCAUGGAAAACUGGUUGCGCAUCACCUUUGCUACGGAGCCACCAACACUGAAGCAAGGACUCGAAAGGCUCAAGUCCUUUUGCAGGAGACAUCAAUCUCAGGCCAAUUAACAUUCAGGAGUUCUUGGUAACACUGCAUGACAGUUCCUCAAUGUUUGUUGAGGUUACUGCUUACACAUAAUUUCCAAUACACAACAUGCGGAUAAACCCUGAGUCAUCCCCGCAAAAUAGAAUAAAGCUUGCCUCUGUCGAUCAAGUGAGGUACAGAUCCACACCCUAGGACACAAAUCUGGGCGUAGUCUUAAAAAAUGAAAAAGAAUACUGGUUUGCGCCAAUAAUCUGUUAUCAUGUUGUACAUGGUUGCCUUGCUCUAAAAGUCCUUACUAUUAACAUCAUUUACUUGCUAUUAUUUUAAAUUAUGUCUCGUGUCAAUUAUUGGAAUUAAAAUACUACCCUUAAUAUGAUUCAGCA